AUGAAUGUGUGCAAAGAUUUACUGGCAUGUUUGCAGGAUCAGCACGAUAUCAAAUUAUUGUCUUAUUUGAUGCUUGCUCGUUUAUCUGUGCUUUGUCCUUCUCAAGUGCUGCAGCGGCUUGACACUCUUUGCGAACCACUUAAGGCUCAGAUACAAGCAAAACUCAAGGAUAAUGCCGUGAAGCAGGAAAAUGACAAACAGGAUGAGCUUCGGCGCGCUGCAUUAAGAGUUGUCAUUGCGAUACAGGUGAGCAUAUUUUUAGCGCGUUAUGCUUCCAUUCAUUUGGAAGCACGUUGCUUGAGGAUUAUCAGAUUGUCUUGCAAAGGUGUCUUCAGAUAUCUGGGAGUCUUUCUGAAUAGCCUGCGCGUA